UUAUGAGAAAAAAAUAAACCCGCCCGUUAUUUAUACCUAACCCUGAAAAUGGGGAUUUUCCUUUUGACAUCAAAAACGCUAAUACACAAGAUAUAAAAGCUAUAGACUUCUAUAGAAUGUACAAUUCAAUGCAAAUGUUUAUAGAGAAAUUAAUACCAGAUCAGGUAAAAUACAUUUUUAUCAAUAAAGUCACUCCAAUAAAAAGUACAAACUAAUAUUGAUGCCAUUUACAGAGUCUAUGUUGAAAAAGACUUAAAUCCUCCUCCACCUUAAAAACUUGUAGGAAGAAGAAGUUCUCCUUAUACAUAUUAAAAACAAGAGUUUUGGCAAUUGGUUGAGCACUUAAAUUCUUUAGGAUUUUCUUAUCGUCAAAUAUCUGAGAGAUUACAAGUGCAUUAUGUUUAAAUUUCAACUCAUCAUCGAAGCACUGUUGAUUAUGAUGACGAAGAUUCAGAAUAAGAGUCAUUCUCAGUAAAGAAGGAAACCAAAGAAUAAGUUAAAUAACUAAUGGUUGUACAAAAAUAAUAACAACAUGAUGUUUUUUAUUCAGAUGAUGAAAAAGGACAGAAAUGA